AGAACUGUUAUAAUUAAAGUUGAUUUCAUAAUUAUUUAAAAAUUUUGUUUUUAAAAAUUAAAAAAACACUUGUAAUUUAUUUGAUUUAUUAUGUUUCUGGAUUAUCACGAUUAUUAUAAUUGAUCAUUUAUUUUAAAUUGCGAACAAUUUUUUAAAAGGGAUAUUUUUUUUUAUAAUUUCCUCUCAUUUAUUUUUCUUUAGAUAAGUUUUAGUCUCAUCGAUAUUGUGGAAGGUCAGGAUUGAAGAGUGAGAAAGAUUCGAGAGGCACAUAUAUAUAAAAUUUGUAAGACAAAUUAAAUUACUGGUAAUGUAUAAUAAUAUUUUUAUAAUAUUAUAUAUAAACUGUAAAAUGAAACUAAUUGCUUGUUAAUUGUUUUCUUUAACUUUUUUCUAUAUAUAAUAUGAUUAGUUAUAAUUGUUAUAUGAAUUCCAGGUGUUUGAGUGCAGCUGUUACCCUACCAAAAGCAGUCAAUCACUUUAGGGGUAGAUCCCUUGUUGAAAGAAUACCACCACAACAAUUUCUUCUACUACUACGAUUACAAUUUUGAUAUGUAGAGAGAAUGUGCCGUUCGGCGCACGUUGAUGUCGCGUCGCGACGCUUUCCUGGAGUGGGAUUCCGUUGGAUUCAUAGUGAAUGAUAUGAUAGACGCCGGACAUCAGUCAGCAGGAAGCGCUCAAACGUAAUCAUUCUUCGGAUCUACGCAAAUCAUUUUGUCUCUCAAGAUAAGAAAUUACAAUUGUUCUCAUCAGUGAUACAAAUUCAACAAUAAAAAAAAGAUUAUAAAAAAAAGAAGGUUAAAAGAAGGAAUCGCUUUAUUUUUCUCAUUUGAGAUGAAAUGAGAAAAUGGAAAAGGAAAAAUUAUGUGUUGGACAAUAAAGGAAAUCUAUUUUUAACGUCGAUUAGGAUCAUUAAAUGACCAUAAAGACAUCAAUUUGGGAUUGGGACGCAGUUCCAGUAUUUAAAGACACACUUUAUUGAAAGAGGCAGAAGAUUUUCCACAUGAUUAUUUGAGAAACACGAAUGCUCCAACAAUUGCAAAGGUAUAUAUAGUAAUGGACUUUUGGUGACUUUUUUUCGUUUGCUGAAAAACUCCCAGGACACAUGGGGAGGAUCAACGAUGAAUAUUUACCGAAAAACUUGAGAGAACGAUUUACAAGCUGGUCGUGCAAUGAUGAAUUUUUAUACGUAACCUAGGUGAAAAAAAAAAGAGAGAGAGAGAGAAAUAAGGAUAUUGAUCAAACUCAAAGAUGAAUACUUCAUAUCUUUUGGGAGAAGAUGAAGAUUGGGGACAACGAUAUUAUUUUACCUACUAUAGUGAAUUUGGUGAUAGGAAAGGUACCAGCGGUGUAGAGAUUUUGGUCCUCGCUGUCACGUUCGUGAUUGCAGUAGCCACUAAUUUGGGAAUGGCAACAUGCGUCCUGAGGUACAAGGAAAUGAGAACACCAACGAACUUAUGCUUGGUGAAUCUUGCAGCUGCGGAUCUACUCUUUGCUUUGGGCGUUCCUGCGGUCGCCUACACGAGAUUAACGCAGUCCUGGAAAUUAGGCGAUGCAGUCUGCAGAUUAAUUCCAUAUUCUCAAUUUGUUUGUGGUUUCGUUUUGCUGUGGACGUUAACGUUAAUAUCGAUGGAUAGACACAGAUGUUUGGCUGUUGCACCUUAUCGAAGCGCCUUGACAGUUCCUCGUGUAUUGGCUGCUGGUCUCACCACGUGGAUAAUUGCGGCACUAGUUUUUUUACCUGCCGUCUUUUGGUUUAAAUCAAGGGUUGUUAAAGAAGGUAUAACAAUAUGUACGCUAGUUUUUCCAAGAAGUGAAAUAAUAAAUGUUUCUCUAUGUUUUACAAUUCCAAUUAUUAUAAUUGCCUGUUUAUUGCCAAUGGGACUUUUGGUUUAUCAUUAUCAAAGAAUUUUUCAAAGUAUUUUGGACACCAGAAAUAGAUGGGCUGUUCCAUGUGUUGUACAGGACGGAUCGGGAAGAAGAGACUCGGAGCUUUCAGUGGUUGGAACACUGGUACCUUGGGGAGGUAGAAAAUUAUCCUCUUCGUCAGUGACAGGAGGGCGUCAGGGUCGUGCUGGAAGUUUAUCGCAACACGAGGAAAUUCGCUUACAUAAACAUUUACGAGUAGUGAGAAUUUUAUUGCUAAAUGUUGUUGCCGUUCUUGUUAUGUGGUUACCAAUAACAAUUGUCAUGUUUUUAAUUUAUCUCGAUGGUAGUCGACCAACUGAGGAUACAAAUUUCUUUUUACGUUCUCAUCAUUUUAUUUGGACAUUAGUUAUAGCUCAAUUUAAUACUGUUGUUAAUCCAUUACUUUAUGGUGUUUUUUCUGAAAAUAUUCGAACUUGUUUUGUGAAAUUUUUUCAACGCGAUAACAAUAAUGGAACAAGUGAACGUGGAAGUGGUGGUAAUAGUACGAGAAAAGGUGUUAAAUCAUUGGAAGUGUUACAGGAUAGAUUGGGUGGUCCUAGAACUCCAAGAAGUUCAUCGAGACCGCCAAAAAAAAGUUCAAGCUGCAGUAUCGGUAGUAUUAUUGAGGUUCCAAGUUCGGAAAAAAUGUGAAAUUUGAAAGAAAUAAUUUAGUUUUUUCAAAGUCUGAAUCUUAUCUAGUAAGUAGUAAAUAAUCAAUGUACAGUGUAUAUUAUCUCAGGGGUGAUAAUUUUUAUAUUUAAUAAGAUUAAAUAGAAAAUUCACUAAUGGGGCUUUCCAGUUGUAAAUUAAGUUUUAAUUAAUUUUUAAUACAUAUGUAGGAUUCUUUUUAACGGAUUGAAGAAAAAUUCUAAAUUUAAAAAGAAAAAUGAUUUCUCUUUGUUUUACAAAUUUCUUUGUAAACUUUUUUUUUAAUGUUCUUAACAUUAUUAAAAUUCGAAACUGCUGUUAAAAUUUCAAAUGGAAAGCUUCAUAAAAGAAAUGUAAGUUUAAAACUCUUAACAUGAUUUUAGAAGAAAAUAUUGAUACUUGACAAUUUAGUUUAGAUAAAUAUAAGGUAACGAAUUUUGGAAGAAUUGUAACAUAAAUAAAAAAUAAAUAUUACUCGUCAGUAAAAAUAGAGAACAUAUCUUGUAAUAUAUAUUUAUAUAUAUUUAAUUUAAAUUAUUGUAAAUAUAGUAUGUUAUAAAUCUUCUAAAAUUCAGUCAAAUUUACUUGAAAAUAAAGAUAAAUUUUUCAAUUA